AUGCUCGUCUUUUGGACACCCCGUCCUGUCUACUCCUAUGGUUCAGCAUCCGAUCUUGACAAUAUCAAAUUAGUCUUUCAAAAUCUCGCUGAACAUAUUGCUGAAUUCAUCAAAAAUUCAUCAAAAAUUACAACGUUCUUUAUCAUCGGCGGCAAUGAUGAACAACAACGUUUUUCCGAUUUACAGGCAAAGAUUGAUAUGUUAAUCAAUGGUGACAAAGAUGAUAUUGAUGAUGAAAUAUCUCCUUACUAUCAACAACUUCUUGAUUCAGUUAAAUACAUCGAUGUUCGUUUUAAUAUUCAGCUUAAAUCUGAAGAAUGUUUUGUAUGGAGUAGUACUGAUAUUAUUGUUGAUAAAUGCUCAAGCAAUGAAAACAUCACAGUUUUUAUUAAUCAAUAUGUUCAAACAUCUAAAGGAUUGACUAUAUUGAUUGGUGUUUUAUUAUUUGAAAUUCUGAACAAGACAAAAUUAUUUGUUGUCAAUCAAUUGGAAAUAAAUAAUCAUAAAGAUGAAACAUCACCCGAAUAUCAACUUGUAAAUAAUGUAGCUGAACAUUUUCAAUCGCGUUCAGCAGCUUUAGGUGGUGUCAAAUGUGAAAAUGAUUUGGCUAUUCGAUUAUUAAAUUAUAGUCGUGGUUUAUCCAGCCAAAUUGAUCAAAAAUUUUACGAAAAUCAACGACAAUUAUCACCUUCUGAUCAAGAGAUGUGCGAGUGUUUACAUGGCGAAUCAAUUAAAAUCAACAGAAGUGUUGAUAUGGAUGACCAUGAAAGCGAUAAUAUUGAUAAUGAUGAUUAA